UACACCUAUACACUCUCCGUACAAUAUCGUUCCACUGAUCCACUCUCAUCCGUACAGCUCCACCCCUCUUCCUCACUAUACCUAGCACUACGCCCCACCCCCCUAUAAAUACACUUCCACCCCUUCUCAGUUUUCCAAUUUGAGAGCUACAAUGGGUAAGAAAAAGAACAGGAAGAAUGCUGAAGGCGAGUUGAUGAUGAAGAAUGUUGAAGGCGAAAUGAUGAAGAGUGAAGAACAGCAGGUGGAGAAUGAAGUAGGAGGAAAAACUGAAGAAGCUAACAACCGAAGUGUUGUUUUGAAACUGGAUCUCCAUUGCGAAGGCUGCGUUCGUCGAAUAAUCAAAGCCGUUCGAAGCUUUAAAGGUGUGGAGAAGGUGACUUGCGACGGUGAUACGAACAAGGUGACAGCGAUUGGAGAGGUUGAUGCAUUGAAGCUGAAGGAAAGAGUGGAGAAAAAGUUGAAAAGGCCAGUGCAACUUAUCUAUCCAUUACAAAAGGAUUGCAAAAAAGAGAAGCAAAAGAAUGAAAAGGGUACCAAUGGAGAAGACAAAAAGGCCAAAGAGAAAGAGCCUCCGGUUACCACUGCUGUGCUGAAAGUGCAUCUACACUGUGAAGGAUGUAUCAAGAAGAUUCAAAAGAUUAUCACUAACAACAAAGGUUACAAGGAGAUGAAAAUGGACUUUGAAAAGGAUUUAGUGACAGUGACAGGUGCAAUGGACAUGAAGGAAUUGGUGGAGGCACUGAAGAAGCAGGGGAAGAAAGAGGUCCAAAUUGUCCCACCAAAGAAGGAGAAGGAAGGUGGAGAGAAACAAGACGGAGGCGGCGGUGGGAAGAGAAAAGGGAAGGAGAAGGAUGGGCAAGGCGGCGGAGAUGGCGGUGACAAGCAGGUUCAGUAUGAGCAUCAGGAUAUGGAAGCAACUGCAGUUUAUGUUACUCAGAUGCUCAGUGAUGAGAAUACUAAUGCUUGCAGUAUUAUGUGAUUAGGUUGAGGAGAAUAUUCUGAAUAUUGAGACAGUUUUUUGGUUUAAGAAUGAAAAUUGUAAAUAAGCAAUAGGGGCUGGAGGUGAAUGUUAGAUUAAUUAUCUAUGGUAUUAUAUGCGAUUAGCUUAUGGGAGGCGAACUAAUUAUUGUUGAAUUGGCUUAACUAUGGACAGUGUCAUUCCCUUUUUUUGCUAGUAAAACUUUUGUAUGAAGAUUAGUGGGUGUUAUUGAGGCUAGUAGGAGACAUAUUUUUUAUUUAUCUUACUAAUUGGAGUACUUGAUUUUCUUGUCU